UCUGGGGCUCGAGUUCUGGCGCACCUGUGUUUCAAUUGUCAGUAUUAUAAAUAAAUUUAAUAUUAGGUAUGAUAAAUCGGUUUCUCAAAUAUCAAUUUUUCUAUUGAUUAAAUUUUAUACAAAAUGUAGAUUUUUUCAGGGGAACAAAUUAAACGCAGUUAUUUAAUCAAACCGGUUACAAAACAGAACGAAAAACAAAUUCACGGUAGGGUACUUAAACGUCAAAUAUUUUUGUUCAGUAAAAAACAGUAAAUUUUUAGUAGAAGAACGGUUAAAUAAUAGAUGCUCAUUAACAAAAUAAAAAGUAGAGUGCCCAGUAAAAUAAAAAGUGAAUAAAUAUACCAAUAAUAAAUAAUAUUCUUGCGCAAGAGCCAUACAUAAUUAGGGUUGUUCAGUGAGUGAUUUUAAGUAAAAAAUCGGCUAUGUGGUUUCUUCGCUGGGUUGACUCAGAAAAUGCUUUAAAGGAAAAAAAAAUGAUUCCACUUAUUUUACAAUAACAAGUCUUAUUUUUAAGCACUACUACCUAGAAUUAGAUUAUUGUACCUAGCAUUUACGAUGUUUUGCUUAGCAUAUGACUAUUUAUAUACCUAGCGUUUGAUACAAGUACUUAUAACAUUACCUAGCAUUUAUUUUAAUACUUACCAUUCCUAAUAUUUCUUUUAAGCAUUUUAAGAUUAUUUCACCUUAAUAUUUACAAUAUUUUAAUUAGAAAAUCAGUAUUAUUAACACUUUAUUAUUAUUUUUUUAGUUAUUUGUUAACUUUUGAGUUAUUUUCAGAGUUUUUAUUCUACUGUGGAGCACUUAUUGCUUAUUGUUUGAGUCUUGAAAACAAAAUACAGCCAUAUGUUGUGGAAUAAGGACGAUACUAUUCAUUUUCAUCAGUGUUUGAUUUCUUUAAAAAAAAAAUGAGAACCUUUAUAACAAAAAAGUAUGAAGCAUACAAAAAUGCGAAUUGGGUGUAAAUAUUUGCACCAAAAUUGUAGAUCAUGUCGACUCUCUCAACGAAAACUUCUUUGAAUAAACAAUAUUAUUACCAAAAAUUUAGACCCUUAGCAAUUUUCAAUAAUAUUAAACAGUUCCUUGAUUUUUUAUUAAUAAUAAUCAAAGAUUCAAUGCAAUUUUUCUCAAAACUGUAAUUUUUAAGUUACCUACUAUAGUUUUUGUUGGGAGAGUCGAUGUGAAAGCACAAGUUGUAUAAACGAAAAUCGAAAAAGCUUAAGAAAAUUAAUUAUUUAGAUAUAAAUAAAUAUUGAUUAGGUAAUAAGACAGUAACUCUGGCUGAAACACAUAUUUUAACAGUGUAAUCUACUACAAUUUUUCGAUCACCUAUAAAAUUAGAAAAAAUAACAGAUCUCUAGCUACUUUUGCUUCAAAUUAAGAAAAUUGACAUAAUAAUUAAAAUUUUGAUUAAAAUUUGCAUGCGCAUUAAUUAAAGUAAACGUAACUCUAUGAAUUUAUAAGCAGUAGUAGCUCAUUAUGAGCAAUAUUUUUGAAUCUACUCCGUACAGAAGUUAUUUUCUUAUAAUUAAAUACCUGGUGUGGAAAAAUAACGUGGUUUUUAAAAUUGGUUUGGUUUUUAGUUCAAAUCUCAAAGGCUUUUUUACUAUAACUGUUUUGUGUAGAUACAAUAACACGUUUUACUCUACCCUGAAGGCUUGUAAAAUUCAAUUUUAACGUAUCGCAAUAUUGAUAAAAUAAUUCAGUUAUUACAAGUUUGUUAAAAAAGUAAAGAAAAGCUAGAAUUUCUCGCCUAUUGUAACUUUACACAGGCUUCAAAAUUUAUUCGCUUCUAUAAACUAAAGCACUUGAUACUUUGGCACCUGUAUAAACUGAUUGUAUUCCGUUCUUUCUACUGUAUUUUUCACGAGUCGUUUGCUCGUUGCGACAUCAUGGAAAAAAAGUAUAAAAUAUUGUCUUUUUUCGCAUUGAGUUUUAAAACCGAUUUCGCGACUAAUUUAGUAUCUAAUUGUACAGCUACGUCGCUUUAUAUUUAUUAUGCAUUGUGAUUAUAUCAUGUUUUAUUAAAUACGUGCGUGUUUAUUUUGUAAACACCGCUAAUUGCUUUGACUGAUUUUACAGUCCGUAACAACAUAACUUUAAGAGUUAAUGAAUCUUGUUAAAUCGAGUUAAAUGAAAUUUCAAACUAGACGCAAACUAUAAAAGCGGCACGUGCUGCGAGUAGUGUUACAAUAAAUUUCGGUACGGAUGCUGUGCGACGCCGAAUCGACAUUAUCUGCGAAACAUGCCAUCUUAUGAAAUUACGAUGUAAUUUAAAGACUCCAAGAAGCGAAAUUUCGUUAAAAUUUCUCGAAUUGAGAUUAAAAUUUAAAACGAUUUUGUCGUUUUCUAAGAAUUAAGAAAUUAGAUUUAUAACAUCGGCGCUUAUGUCGUUGACUUAUUGAUCGGUUCCAAAAAUUUAUCUUCGCGAACUCAUGUCAUCAGUUUUCGGUGCAAAAACCACACGUUGAUAGGAUCUAAACUUUUUGUCAAAUGUUCACAGGGAACUUCUGACGUUCCAUCUCCGGAAUUAAUAAGUGGAAAUUAAGGUUACAAAUUUAUGUAAUGAGGUCUUUGUUUCACCUAAUAUUGAUUUUUCCAAGUCUAACAAACAAGGCAACAAAUGAAAAUUAACUCUGUUUCUCUCGCAGAAUUAAAUAUGAAGUUUGGCAGAAAUAAUGGUUUUCUUGUAUAUUUUAACAUAAAUUUGAAUAAAACUGUUGAUUAUGAUAUUUCAUGCUACAGUAGAGUUACCCGGUUCUGAAAUUGACCCAAAUUAAAAGCAUCAAUGCAAAAAAUAAAUUCGGAGAUUAAUUUUCCGCACUUUUUUAUAUUUUGUACAUAAAUUGUUUUUUGUUAUGUAGAUACACAAAGACUUAUGCGACAACUUGUUGCUCACUAAUAAGCAUGUCGAGGAAAUGAAAAAUUGUUAAACUUCUUUGGUCCAGUUUCUUUCUUGGUGUUUGUAUGCUAAAUGAUACAUUUUAUUUAAAGAAUUGCUUCAAUGUUCAGUGUUGUUCAGUAUUCGAAUUUAAACCAGUUGUUUUGCUUUCACUUUCAAACAAUAAUGGAAACAAAUUCGACUACUGAAAUAUUGUUUAUGCUGAUGACUGUUCUAGAUGUCUACUGAAAAACGAAGAUGAAGAGUUCGAUGUUUUGAAUUUCAGUGUAUUCGCUUGUAUUCAAUAUAUUGAUAGUGAUGGGCAAACGCGAUGAUCAGAUACCAAAUAACGAGCCCUGAAAUGCGGUGUCACUCAAAGCUCGUCUUUUUGGCCGCUAUUCGACGUCAUAUCAUUUUUCUCCUCUCACACAAACGCUGUCAUUAUCCACCCACUUCAUAUCUUUCAUGUGAUUGCCAUCGUGUCCAUCUUGUUUAUUGUGCUGUCCACUAUCGCCCUAACGCUCAACACCAUUCCAAGCAUGCAGGUCAACGACGAGAAGGGUAACUUCCAGGAUAAUCCCCAAUUGGCGAUGGUGGAGGCCGUUUGCAUCACGUGGUUCUCGUUAGAAUACAUUCUGAGAUUUAGCGCUUCGCCAAAUAAGUGGAAGUUUUUCAAAGGUGGCCUGAAUAUCAUCGACUUACUCGCCAUAUUGCCUUAUUUCGUUUCCCUCUUUCUUCUGGAGACCAACAAAAACGCCACUGAUCAGUUCCAAGACGUGCGCCGAGUCGUCCAAGUUUUCCGUAUUAUGCGAAUCUUGCGAAUCCUCAAGUUGGCGCGCCAUUCGACUGGUCUCCAGUCUUUGGGGUUUACGUUGCGCAACUCUUACAAGGAGCUGGGCUUGCUCAUGUUGUUCCUAGCCAUGGGCGUCCUCAUCUUUUCCAGUCUCGCUUACUUCGCCGAGAAGGAGGAGCCGGGCACUAAGUUCAUAAGCAUACCAGAGACUUUUUGGUGGGCCGGUAUCACCAUGACGACUGUAGGUUACGGCGACAUUUACCCUACGACACCGCUGGGGAAAGUUAUAGGAAGUGUAUGUUGUAUUUGCGGUGUCUUGGUAAUCGCGUUGCCCAUUCCUAUCAUUGUCAAUAACUUUGCCGAGUUCUACAAGAACCAGAUGAGGCGGGAGAAAGCACUCAAGCGGCGUGAGGCGCUUGAACGCGCCAAGAGAGAGGGCAGCAUCGUGUCCUUCCAUCAUAUCAAUUUGAGAGAUGCCUUCGCCAAGAGCAUGGAUCUCAUUGAUGUGAUUGUCGACACGGGCCACAAUAUGUCUCACGCCGACGGCAACAGCACUGAAGGGGAAUCGGCCAGUGGACGAAAUCCGGCCCAAACCGGAACCGGCUGCUAUCGCAACUUCGAUCAUUUCCCAAACAGACAUCGACGCAGUAAUUCUUCCGCAACUCCUUGUCUUCCGACCGGCGAAGGGCCGCCACUGCCCGCCUCGCCCUUGUCGCAGCGGCGGCUUCUCGAACUCGCGCCUCCCGAAGAACAACAACUGCAACAGACGGGACCUUUAGCACCGCUCGCUCAGGACGAAACGCAGCUUCUGGCAAGCACUCCUCGGGGAUACAUCUCGCCAGGGGCUGACAGCAAAAAAUCUGAUCCCCUGAGGAGGAUUGAGAAAGUUGAUGAAAUUCCUAGCGAAUUCGAAUGUUGCUUUUGCACCUCGAAGGAUUUCAAAGAGUUUGUUGACGCGGAAAACUUGAUGCCUCUGCCGACGAGCGACUUCCGCAAUCCCGUCUGUCUGGAAAUGAGGACGAUAAAAGCAGAGCAAGCUUAUAACAACUUUGGAGAGGUGGACAUCAAGCAAAAGAACAGCAUCAAUAAUAACGGCGAAUUGGCCAGCAUGGAUAGUUCGGACACGUUUGCAAGUUGUACAACGCACCCUUUCAAUUCUCAGGGAGAUCUCACAUCAGACAUCGUUGAUCAUUCGUGUGUAAUAGAUAGUAAUCUUUAUGUGAAUCCGUUGGAUAAGAGCGGGGAUAACAGUCCGGUCACUCCGGCGCCAGCACCAGCUAGAACAGGGGGUGUGAAGAAAUCGGCUUCGGGGGAUACGGCCUUAAGGAGUUUGGGGACGUCGCCGAUGGAGGAAGCCUUCAGAGGGUUUGGGCCUCUGGAUAGAGGGAGUAGAGUUAGUCUCAACGAUUCACCUCUUCCGAAAAACAGAAGGACGAGGUUCCAACAGAGCGGACGUCCCCGUACCCGAUUUGGCGAUGCUUUUGAACGAGAUUCUCAAGAAAGUCUCGAAUCGAAACGGAAGAAGACUUCGUUUAUUCCAACGAGAGGAUUAGCAUCGGCCACCAGGAUUAUCAAUCAGCAUUUAUUUGGUCUGCAGAAUUUGAGUGGAUCAAGAUCAGGCAAAAACAGCGGCAGUAAAUCAUCGCUGUCAGUGGAUUCGAUCGACAGCCGUCUCAGUCCGCAAUUAGAACAUCAUCGUCGUUCAAAAUCAAUCCUGAAAAAAUCGGACAGCAGCGGAAACCGCAACGCGGAUCCGGAAAGCGAGCGUUUAAUCUCCGACAAUAUGUCCGGUUAUGAAAUCGGUUCCGGUAGCGAAUAUUCUCCAAACAAACGACUUUCCUCUCCUCCGAUGAGGCAUCGUGCUCUCAGCCAAAAAACUCUAACGAAAAAUUUUCCUCCCUAUUACCAACAGGAUACCGAGAAAAACAGGACAUUAAAGUCGCAGCUGUUUUUGUUAGACGAUAUUAUAAAUAAGGAGAAACAAUCGUGUAAAGAACCAGUGCUCGAUUCGAAUAAAUUGAAAGAGUGCGGUGAUAGUGUUGGUGAUAUGCCGUUGUAUAUCUGUCCUCCACCUCCCCCCAUGGAUGACAGCUCGCCCAACGAAGAAACCAGAUUGCUUCUUCAUCCUACCGUGGUUGUUGCGCCACAAAGGCAGCCCGGGAACUCCAUCUCCAAAGGACCCAAUCCGUCCUCGUAGCAUUCAAAGGAAUUUGAAUCAUUCCCUAGACUUAGUACGAAUAGAAACGGCCAGGAAUUUCGAAGUUUGAAACUAGAAGAACUGUUAAUAUGGAAGAUAAUUCGGAAACACGGAGUGACGUUCGUCCAAAAUUCCCACGAAAAAUAAUAAAGAUGGUGCAUAACAAAGUGCUUUGUUGUUGGAGACAUUUAUGACAUUCUUAGAAAUAAUUUUUAAACUAAAUGCAUUGUUAUUUUUUGCCACAAUUAUAUUCUAAAAAGUCACAUGUUAAUAAACCAAUUUUAAGACUUUUAAACGCAAUGUUUAGUGCAAGCAGCUAAUGCAUCUUGCAGAGAUUCACAAGUGAUAUAUGAGUUGUUCUGUUUUUGAAGAUAGGAAGGCUAAUGUCAUGCGAUUUAUACGGAAUUACCGUUAUCUUCUAGCUGCAGUGAAUCCCUAAGUGUUAAUCAAAUUAUAAAUAGCCACAGAUUGCCAACAUUUAUUACGAAACACGAAGGAAUUUCCCGAAGACUUGCAUAGUGAAAAAAGGUUGUGUGAGUGGAUUAAAAGUUAGUCAAUGAAUUCAGCAAUAUAUUAAACAACCUCGCUGCUUUCCAACAAAACAAAUAUUUUACCCAAAGCGGAGAGGUUGUUUAAAAUCAAGCGCAAAGAGAAAACAUAAGAAAUUACGACUGGCCAAGCUUAUUUUUGUCUGUGAUUACAUUAAUUUUAAGCAAAGAGUGUAAGAAUAUUGUUACAUGACUUUAUUUUGUGAAUAAUCAUUUUAUUACCGUGAAAUUGCGCAUUCAACUGUUUUGAAAAAAAAGAUUUAGUAUGCCAAUGAAAGGCGAAGUAGAGUGCUUUAAAAUCGAUCGAAAAAUCAUUGAAUUUCAUGUAAAAAAUAACACCUAUCCCACCUAUACCAACAUAUUUUUUCAACAUGCACUUUUAUAUUUAUAUUGAGAUUGUUUAUUUUUUAUUACAAAAUGUUACAUACAUUGUGCGAGUAAUGUUGUUAGAGAUGUUGGUGUGAUAGAUGCCCUUGUUGUUCGUGUCAAUCGCUGCAUACUAAAUCAUCAGUCAUGAGAGGAUUGUAAUAUAGUUUUUCACGUUUUGUAGAAAAUACCAUAGCUGAUUUUGUUCCACAUUUACCAUGAAUAAUACCUGUAUUAUUUAGCUGAUUUUUUUACAGAAAAACAGGUAUUAUACUAUGGUAGUUGCAAUAGAUGAUAAAAUUCAUAUAAGAGCACAGAAUGUUAUACCACAUAUUCAUUCCCAGCAUCUUUUUCAUUGUUUUAAAUAAUAAUUAUAAAUUUGUUUGAUUGUA